UAAAUAUCGUUUGUUUAUUCGGAUCAAUUGUGUAAAAUGAAGAAUAAAAAGUUGUUAAAAGAAAUUUUUACUGUUGAAAAACGUUUUAAUGAUAUAUUUAAUGGUGAUCGAAUCGAUAUCGGUCAAGAUGGUCGAAUUCUCAUUGCACCAUGUGUCGAAUGUUUGAAUUUUAUUGAUCUAAAAUCUGGACAAAAAAUAUAUGAAUUAAAUUCUAAUAAUGAACGAAAAUCACAAUUCACAAUGGAUAAUAAUGAUGAUGGUAAAGCUGAAUACAUCGUAACGUUUGCCUAUAAUUCAUCGGAUCAAAAUCUAGUAAUCGCUUAUUCAAGUGGUCUUUUACGACAUUAUUCAUUGGACAUUAACAUCACCAAUGAUAAUGAAAAUGAUAAAAUCGAAAUCAAUCAUAGUUUACAACGUACAUGGAAAUCAAUGCAUAUUGGGUCGAUUGCUUCGAUACGAUUCGAUCAAACUGGUACACUAAUAGCGACCGGAGGAUCUGAUGGAACAAUUAAACUAUGGAAUUUAAUACAAAAAUAUUGUACACAUAAUUUUAAGAAUCAUAUUCGUGGUGUUAUACAAACAAUAACGUUUGCACCUAAAUUUACAACCGAUUCAUAUCAAAUAUUUGCAUCAGGUGAUGAUUAUGGUAUACAUGUUUGGAAUCUUAUCGAUUCGAAACAUUUGUGCGUAUUGGAAGGACAUGAAAGUAAGGUAACGGAAAUUCUUUUUACCGCCGAUCAUCAAUAUUUUAUUUCGAGUAGUCGUGAUAAAUUAGUUAUAAUAUGGAAUUGGCGUACAAUGCAAAAAUAUCGAACAAUGGCCGUUUAUGAAGCAAUUGAAACAAUGAUUUUAGUUUCGCGAAAAAAAUUUACUGAAAUUUUGAAACAUUCAAAUCAAACUGAUGAUGAUGAACAAGUUUUGGUAGUUGCCGGUAAUAGUGGCCUAUUAAAAAUAUGGGAUUGGCAAAAUGGUCAUCAAUUGUUUGCACAACAGCAAAGUUUAUUGGCCAUUCAUCAAACUGAAGAUAAAGAUACCUUAUCAUCGUCAUCAUCACAACAAUAUACACUAAUUAAUCAACUUGUUUAUGAUUCGGAUAGUGAACAGCAACAAAUUGUAGCCGUUUCUUAUGAUAAAGAUAUUGUUUUUCAUGAUGUUUCGACAUUAAAACCAACUCGACAAUUAGUCGGUACAAAUGAUGAAGUAUUAGAUGUAAAAUUUAUUGGUCAAUCCAAUCGACAUAUAGCUGUUGCAACAAACAGUCCAAAAAUUAAAGUAUUCGAUCUUGAAACAUCAAGUUGUUCAUUUUUAAUCGGUCAUAAUGAUAUUGUUUUAACAUUGGCUGUUUUUGCUUGUGAUCGUCAUCUAAUGAUUAGUUCAUCUAAAGAUAAUUCGAUUCGUGUAUGGAAAUUUGAUCCAAAUGAUUGUCAUCGUGCUUGUUGUGUGUAUCGAGGAACUGGCCAUACGCAUUCGAUUACAUCAUUAUCAACAUCAAUAUUGGCUGGAAAUUUAUUCUUUCUAAGCGGGAGCGAAGAUACAACAUUAAAAUUUUGGAAACUUCCAUCCACUAUUCAAUCCGAUUCCGAAAAUAUCGAUGAUAAUAAAUCUAUAGAAAAUCUACGAUCAAAAUAUACACAAAGUUGUCAUGAAAAAACAAUCAAUUCGAUUGAUAUUGCACCAAAUGAUCAAUUAGUAGCGACUGGAUCACAAGAUCGAACAGCAAAAUUAUGGUCAUUACCAAAUCUAAAAUUGUUAUCGGUUUUUCGUGGCCAUCGAAAAGGAAUAUGGUCGGUAAGAUUUUCUCCGGUCGAUCAAAUUCUAGCAACAGGAUCGGCUGAUUCAACAAUUAAAAUCUGGUCAAUUGGUAGUGAACAACAAACAUGUUUACGAACAUUUCAAGGACAUGAAUCAUCUGUAUUGAAAUUAACAUUUAUUGAUGAUGGAAUACAGCUAUUAUCAAGUUCAUCGGAUGGUAAUCUUAAAAUAUGGUCAUUACAAUCAAAUGAUUGUAUUGCAACAUUCGAUGCACAUGAAGGAAAAGUAUGGGCUAUGGAUGUAACUGAUGAUGAAAAUACAAUAGUUACUGGUGGUGAUGAUUCAACUAUUGCCAUAUGGAUAGAUCGUACGGAAGAAACAAAAGAAAAAGAACAAAUACGUACGGAAGAAUCUGUACAAAAUGAACAAACAUUACAGAAUUUAUUACAGAAAAAAAAUUGGACAAAAGCAUUAAAAAUGGCAAUACGUUUUGGACAUCCAUUACGUUGUUUAAUAAUAUUGAAAGAAAUGUUAUUAGAAUGUUCAAAAACAGAAAUUCUAAUCGAAAAUUUAGUACGAUUACGUCGUGAUCAAUUAUUAACAUUAUUUGAUUAUUCAAUACAUUGGAAUACAAAUAGUAAACAUUGGAUUCUUGCACAAUGUGUAAUACGUGCAUGUUUUGAACAAAUAUCACCCGAAGAGAUGGAAAAAAUGCCAGAAUUUCAAAUGAAAAUUACAAAAUUAUUACCAUAUUGUGAAAGACAUUUAUCACGAAUACAACGACUAAGACAAAUGGUUACAUUUGUUGAUUUUGUUUUUGAACAAAUGAAACUUCCCGAUAAUCAAUAAUAAUCAUUGUUUUUUAGUUU